AUGGACGAAAAAUAUGUAACUAGUACUUGGGAGCUGCUGAAGAAAGCGAUCCAAGAAAUUCAGAACAAGAACAAUUCGGGGCUGAGCUUCGAAGAACUGUACAGAAAUGCAUAUACGAUGGUCCUGCACAAACAUGGUGAGCGCCUCUACAACGGGUUGAGAAGUGUAAUUGAGGAACAUUUGAAAAAUAAGGUUCGACAGCGCAUAUCGUCAUGUCAAGAGGGUGGACUGCUUGUAGCGGUAAUUAUGGCAUGGUCCGAUCACACAACUGCAAUGGUUAUGAUUAGAGAUAUUCUGAUGUAUAUGGACCGCGUCUACGUCACAAACCAAGAACCGCCAAUCGAGCCUGUAUAUAACCUUGGCCUCUCGAUUUUCAAAGACGAGGUCGUCCGCUGGGAUUUUGUGAAUGAAAAGCUUCGGGAAGAAAUGCUCUUAAUGAUUGCAGCAGAGAGGAAUGGUGAAACGAUCCCCUGGUCACAGCUGAAACAGGCUUGUGCCAUGCUCUCCGCCCUCGGGAUCUACGAAACUGAAUUUGAAAACCAGUUUUUGCAUAAUACGUCCGAUUACUAUAAGAAGUUGAGCGAUGAGUUUUUGAAGGGAAACUCGGCGGCAGACUUUGUAAACAAGGUGACGAGAUGUCUGGAAGAAGAAGCUGUGCGCGCAGAUCGUUAUUUAGAGCCUGGAACGGCCCGUAAGGUCCUCAACGUUGUCGAGCUCGAGCUGAUCAAAGCGAAUAUGCAGUAUGUGGCGAACAUGCAGGGAACUGGCGUGGCUUUUAUGCUAAAUAUGGAUCAUGUAGAAGAUUUGCACAAUAUGUUUAAACUAUUCACACGGGUGACGGGCGGACCAAUGGUUAUCUGCACUGCGGCCUCCGCAUGGUUGCGAGAGAAGGGAGAGCAAAUCACAACUCCUUGUGAGGGAAACGAAGUUAGAGCCGACCCCGUAGAGUACAUUACGAAACUGAUGGAACUAGGCAUAAGAUGCAAAAAUCUUCUAACCAAGGCGUUCUGCAAGGACAUCCAUUUCAAAAGGAUGGUGUGCAAUGAAUUCGCGGCUUUCAUCAACAAAAAUCCGCGCUCGCCAGAGUUCCUGGCAGCAUAUCUUGAUGAGAAGCUGAAAAAAGGAAAUCGGGUGCUAAAAGACAAGGAAAUUGACGAGGCCCUCGACAGCUGUAUGGUGCUGUUCCGGUACCUUGCCGAUAAGGACAUUUUCGAACAUUAUUAUAAGCGCUUCCUGGCGAAGCGCCUUCUCAACGAGCGUUCAUCGUCUGAUGACAGUGAAAAGGCUAUGGUGGGCCGGCUGAAGCUCGAAUGCGGUUACCAGUACACCAGCAAGCUUGAAAGCAUGUUCAAGGAUCGUGAAAUUUGGCUGACAGCUCAAACGGGUUUUAAGGAGCAUCAGUCGGCGAGCAGAGAGGUUCCUGGCGUUGACCCAUGCGAUAUACAAGUUCGCGUUUUGACCUCUGGGGUAUGGCCGACGCCCGUAUCAACAAUGAUUUGCACAUUGCCAUUGGCAGCCGAUGUUUCGUACAAGGGAUUCAGUGAAUAUUACCUCAAACAACAUAAUGGUCGGCGGCUAACCUUGAACACCUACCUAGGUAAUGCAGAAGUGAAGGCAAUCUUCUACAAUACGCCAAAAUCGGCAGUGGACGAACCAAUGUCUAGCACUGGGCCCAGCCCGAAGCGACCAUCACGAGUAAACGAAUCGAGCAAGAUCCUCUGCGUCAGUACCCAUCAGAUGGCAGUACUUAUGCUCUUCAAUGCAAAGGAAGUCAUAACUUGUGCCGAGAUAGCUUCCGCAACAAAUAUUAACGACAAAGAAUUGCAAAGAACGCUCCAGUCUUUGUCUAUGGGCAAAGCUUCGCAAAGAGUUUUGGUCAGGAAUGGUGCUGCAACAAAAGAUAUUGAAGAAAGUGACGAAUUUUAUGUGAAUGAUCAGUUCACAUCAAAGCUGGUUCGUGUGAAAAUCUCGACUAUUUUGGACACGAAGGUUGCAAAUCAAAAGGAGACUGUCGAGGUGAAAGAAAAGGUGGAGGAUGACCGGAAGCACGAGAUCGAGUGUGCGAUUGUUAGGAUUAUGAAGUCGCGAAAGGAGCUUGAUCACAGCAACCUCGUUUCUGAGGUAGUCCGCCAAAUCGAGGCUCGGUUCAAGCCCCCACUCACCGUUAUCAAACAACGCAUCGAAGCGCUCAUCGAGCGUGAAUAUCUACAGCGUAACAAAGACGACGCAAAGGUCUACCAAUAUCUCGCC